AUCAGAAGCUUUACUUGAAACCUGCAUGGUUCCGAAUCUUAUCGAAAUAUGUCAUAUGUGAAACAGUAAUGUUUACUAAGAAAACUAUCAUGUCAUAAAAAACCAUAUCUACAUCUACUAGGUUUGUAUGCACACUGGAUGUUCCACACAAAGAAACUGGAAAAAGAAAAAUUUGUUUCCUGUUCCUAGUAACCGAUAAAAUGUGUAAACUUUUGGGUAAAGACAACUGUUGAUAUUUCACUUGUGCAGCCUACUUUUCGGAAUAUAUUCUUUCAAACAGAACUUUGUGGAUGCUUCACGUUUUCGAAGGAUGAGUAUAUGAAAUUAGAAGAAAUAUGUGCUAAAUAAGGAAUAUGCAGUCUCCAAGGCCUAUGACACAACACAAUCAUGGCCUAUAAUCUCUAGCAAGGAGUAAAGAUUAGGUAGUUCAUAGCCAUGUAUCUAUAACAGAACUUCGUAGCCCUUCUGCGGCUCCUAUUCUCUUGGGCAAGGUAGGGACAAAAAUCACAUUUAGCCCACACAUUUUAGCCUGAGCUGUCCCCCCAUAUAGUUAACCUCAGUGGAUAGAAAAAUGCAGCGCUAGUGCAUAUGAUUCCUUCUGUAUGUAGUGCACUGACACAAGAGGCAAAAUUAGGUGAAAAUCCUCUGCAUUAUGCUGCUAUCACAAACCCUUGGCGGUUUGUUUAGAUUUGACUUAGGCCUUUGUUUAAUCCCUUAUAAAUUUGGAUCGUCGAGAGGGGAUCAAAGCCUACCACUAUUCUGAAUUCUGAAAGCUACCCUGCGCCAUUUGUAAAAGUGGCAUCCCUUUCUUGCUAGCAGAACCCGACAAUAGCAGAGUUUGUUACGUAAAGCUGACCUCAAAGGGGGGAAAAUGACGCUGCUGAGGAAUAUUCCGGCCGAUUGGUGGUGUAAAUGUGAUGAGAUUUUAUAACGGAGAUGUAAUUACCACGGAGGAAAAGCAGCAAAAGUUCAAAAAUUCUUGGACACGGAUUCUUGUAGUUCCUCUCAAUGCACAAUUUUACAGGUACCUGUUACUGUCAGUUAUAUCACUGACCUGUACUGCAUGCUUGUGUUGAGCUGUUCUUUUUGCUGUACUGCAGAAUCAAUACCUUCACUGUCCAUACCUCAAAGAUAUUUCUGGAAUCUUCCUUGCUGCAGUCUGCAGAAUUCUACACUGUAUCUGCCAAGCAAAUGAGGCAGUACCACUUGCCAUAUCUGAACCUCUUGAGCUUCAGUUCCGCGUCUAAUUGCGCUUAAUUUUUUUACUGAAAAUAAUGAUAAUUCAUGUGCCACCGUGCAUUUACAAUAGUAGGAAAAAGCCUGCUGCAAAAAAAAAAAAAGCUGCUGUGUGUUUCAUUUUUGUGCUAAAUUUAGUAUUUUCUCCAGAAGCCUCUUUAUGCUUAUCACCUGUCAUUAUGAUCUCUAGAGUUUCAGUUCCGUGCUGAAUGGCGCCUGAAAUUCUAGUGAAAAUACUUUAUUUUCAGAGUUUCGGUCCAGUGCUGAACUGCGUUGUGAAUUCUACUCUGCAUACUUUAUUUCUUGAGUUUGAGUCCAGUAUCAAACUGCGCUUUAAACUGAAAAUACUGAUAUUUACUCUGUGACUGUUUUUCUUCCGGUACAGUGUUGAAUAGCACCUUAGAUUCUACUAAAAAGGCUGACUUUUUAGUUUCAGUUCCGUGUCCUAAAUUGUACUGAAAAUACUGAUAUAUUUUUAACUCAGCUUUAAACACUAGUGAAAAUACCAAUAGUUCUCUGAUAGAGAAAAGAAAAGAAAAUACCAAUAGUUUCCGUGUCGCCGUGCAAUAAUAAUAGUACCAAUAGUUGCGUUGGUGCUUUUGAUCGCAGUUUUAUAAUGAUAAUGCAAGAAACGACUAGCCUGUCGUGCAAGAAUAGGUGCCAAAUGUUUAGCCUUUUCCUGCAAAAUAUGGGGGUUUCUCUCAGAAGAAUCUUGCUUUAGCACUGAGAGUGUGAGACAUUAAUCGCCUUUAGUUUUCGUGUAUUUUCUUGGGGGAAAGAAAAGAAAGAAGUGUUUAUGCUUAUUCCUCGUUAUUUGCACUGAUGUUAUACAUAUAUAAUCUCUGUGGAGUUGUGAUGCCAAACCAGUGGACAUUACAACGCCUUGUCAAGAUAAAAAAAAUUUGGUUAGGAAUUGGCAAAAAGGGUCCUAAGUAUUGUUUCUAUAUAUACCUGGGUUCCCUCUCCACUGCCAAGAAAAUAUAUUCUGCUGUAACCUGGGCCAUAGGGAUUACUAUUACGUACGCCCAUGUUUGUAUAUUUUGGAGCAGUAGAAAAACUGCAACAGGAAGUUAGGGCUCCUUUGAUUCAAAGGAUUUUCAUACUCCUAGGAAUUUUGGAGGAUUAGAAUCCUUAUGAGUCAAAACAUCUUUGAAAGAAUUCUUAUUUUUCCUAUGAUGCAAUCAAACGGCCAGGGAGUUUCCCCUUUUCGAAAAAAAAACAAAUCCUGUAGGAUUGAGAUCCUAUGUUUUUUUCUUUCUAUUCCCGUGUUUUCAGAAUCCUGCGAACGAAAGAGGCGAUUUCAUUUGGGUGGCUCUGGAGCCGAGCGCCGUGCGUUUGGCGCUGAGCGAGAGGAAAGAGGAGCGCGUGGAGCUGACUCGCCCGUGCGUCAUGUGGCGGGCCCAACGAAUUGGAAACCGACGGCAAGCGGGCGUUGGGUUGCCGUCCACGCGUCGGCCAUCCGGGGCGGGGCUCUCUAUAAAUACCUCUGCAUGCCUCCUUCAGUUAGCAUCCGGGCAAGAAUUAGCGCGCGCGCUCUCUUUUCUCUCUCUCACACACACCACCAGCAGAGCAGCUUAUAACUGAUUGAUUGAUCGAUCCAUCACCGUGCGUGCGUGCGUACGUACGUGACCACCAUGAGCUCCUCCGGUACGUACUGCGCCCGCGGUGUCCGUCGAGAGUACGGCCGGACCUAUGUGGUGAGGCCCAAGGGGAGGCACCUGGCCACCAUUGUCUGGCUCCACGGCAUAGGCGACAACGGAAACAGCUGGUCCCAGGUGCUGGGCAAUCUCCCGUUGGAUAAUGUCAAAUGGAUUUGCCCUACUGCGCCAACGCGGCCCGUAGCGGCCUUCGGUGGAUUCCCAUGUACUGCAUGGUUCGAUGUGGAGGAGACUUCGGUUGACGGCCCCGACGACGUCCAAGGGCUGGACGCAUCCGCCGCACACAUAGCAAACCUGCUAUCGUCCGAGCCCUCUGAUGUGAGGCUUGGGAUAGGCGGUUUCAGCAUGGGAGCCGCCACUGCGCUCCACUCUGCCGCAUGUUAUGCUCAUGGAAGGUUCUCAAACGGUGUUGCCUACCCUAUUACCCUCAGCGCUAUCAUUGGGUUGAGCGGCUGGCUUCCCUGCUCCAGGACCCUGAGGACCAAGAUUGAGAGCUCACAGACUGCUUUCAGGAGGGCUGCUGCCUUGCCGAUAAUGCUUGGCCAUGGAAGAGGCGACGAGGUAGUCACGUACAGGAACGGCGAGAGGUCGUCCGAGUUUCUGCGGAAUUCGGGCUUUUCAUACCUGAAUUUCAAAGCCUACAACGGACUGGGCCAUCACACCAUCCCUGAGGAAAUGGACGAUGUCUCCAAGUGGCUCAGGGCAAGGCUCGGGCUUGAUCGCUCUUGCGGCUAAUUAAGUGGAGAAGCUUGUGCCUUGGUGGCUGACACAUGACAUGAGAGAAAUGUAUUGACACUAUAGAGGAGGAGAAGGUUGAUAUAUAUAGGUUAAUCAUAUGAAGAGAUCACGACCGGCAUGUGUUGAUAUAUAACUCCUCACUACUGAAUUUCAUGUUACACUUAUAUUGUACUAGUAAGAGUUGUACCCCAGUUAUACUGUUUGUUUUGAUUGAUCACACCAGUAAUUUAUGUCGAUAGCUUCUAAUA